GUCACUACUUACUACCUCACUACUAGUCUACUAGUCUACUACUACUACUACUACUACUACUACUACUUCCCGAGCUAUAUUCGUCGAUACCUAUACUACUACUACCGUACUUUAACUGCUGCUAUCAUCCUUGACCGCACAUCUUCCAUCACCGCCCCGCCCACCGGUCGGAUCACGGAUCGGGCCUACGAGUGGACUCUGCCCUCCGAUCGCACUACUGCACUGCGCAUCGCCACGGCAGAAGAGGAAGAUUUCGCCUGAACUGCGGCUAUCUGCCUGCCUUUGCCUGAAAGCCGCUGCUGCCCACAACCCGACGAACUGACCGUUGCUAUCCCCACGCCUUCAUGUGCAAGUCGUGACUCGUGCAAUCUUUCAAACCUUCGCGCCAUCCAUCCAACUACUGCGACUACAUAGCCAUGCCCUCGCCCGCGUUGGGCGAGCAACAGCAAAGAAGUCUAACCUGGCCACCAACCACAUUACGCCACUCCACUGUUGACGUGGACGCCAAAUAUAUGCCAGCAACUACUCCCACCAUUCACCCAAUCAUCAUGCCUUCGACAACCAAACGAAAGCCUCUGCGGCCCGACUCGUUCGAGGAUGAAAUUGAUCAGGAUCCCGCUGCGCACUUUCUGUCACCCGUCAAGAUGGUCUACGAGUACGACGACUGGGCCGAAGAGUCCGACAACGACAAUACCGAAGACGUUGCCUGGGAUGCCGGCAUUGUGGACUUUGCACAUUUUCACUCCGACAGGCAGCAAGCCCAAGCAGGACACACCACAUCGCUGCCCACAGACCGAUGGGAUUCCCUUUUGGCGAGCCAACACUCGGCACUGCAGCGUGCCAUGCAGCGAAAUCGUUCUUCACGACCCGAACCGACACGCAAUCGAAUCUGGACGCCACCAGCAGAAGAUGUGCCUCAUCUAACACCAGAUAACUCGCCCAAUCUGCGAGACUCGUUUGAUAUGGAGCGCUACUGUGGCAGACCUGCUGCUGCUGCUGCCGCUCGACCGAGUAUACCAAAUUACUUGCAAUCAAAUUUCACCCCAGCCGAAGAGCUUUCAGACGACGAUGAUUACGACGACGACGACGACGAGACCGACUCUGACGAAGACGAGCUGCCUGUCGCGUACCUCGUCGAGCGAGCACGUGAACGCAGACGUGCCGCUCGCAAGCUCGAGCGACCAGGUAUGCGUUUCAACCGAACCAUGUCGGGCAAGGUCCACGUCUGGAAACGGCCCGGCUAUCAGCUCCCCGAUGUUGGGGAAGAUGCCGAGGCCGAGAGAAGAGCAGAACUCGCGUACGUGCAGCUCCAGGGGGGAGGAGGAGGAGGAAGAAGGAGAAGAAGAAGUCCGUCGCGUGGAACCAGCCAGCAUGAGCAACGUGGACGAAGGCGGUGACCUAGAUGCAUGUAUGCAUGCAUGCAUGCAUUUAUGCAGUGCGUGGGAAACCUGUUGUAACUCUUCUUGUGUCCCUUGUCAAACCGGAGAGAGAGGGCAAUGUGUGGUUGGUUGUGCGUUGUGGAGGAAUGAAAAAGGAUUGUUGGCACAACGUGGCGUCGCAUUGGGAUUGGGCUCGUUGAAAUGAUUUUUUGGGGGUCCAGACCGGUCCAGUUACAGGUGACAGUCUGACAGGUAUCCAUGAAUGAGUGGUACCCACGGUUCGGCUCGGGCGAAAUGGGCUUGCAUGAUCUUUUUUUUUUGUGUUUCUCCAACUGUCCAACAUGGGGGUUUUGUGGGACAGGUACCUACUACUUUACAAGUCACAAUCAAUAUGAUGGAACCAAAACCAGACUGGCGAAGGAUGUUCACUGUUUAGCUGCAUUUGGGGAGGAGGGGGGGGAUCAAGUACUUACCUGGGAGGGGGGAGGGGUUUUGUGACAACAACAACAACACUCUCACAUCACGCGUGUUUGGCAUUUUUGGCAUAAUUUUUCUCGCAGUACCUGGCAUGAGUGGGGGGUUGGAAGUUUUGAGGGCAUGAAGAGAUGAUAAGAAGCGUAAAGAGAGAUACCAAUUUUUGAUUGACUACCUACCUUAGCUAUGAAUCUUACCUACCUUACCUAUAUACCUGGGUACCUACUACCAGCUAC